GGCGACAGUACUUCCUGUUUUCAGUUUUCGCCUUUAAUAAACAUGGUGCUCAUGGCUCAGGUUCCCUAACAGUCUGGAUUCCGGUUGCAGUUUUAUUUAUUUAUUUUUUAAGAUACGUGUUUGCAGACGGGGAAAUGGAGGCUAAAGAUAAGCAAGUGCUUCGCUCCCUUCGCCUGGAGCUGGGUGCAGAAGUACUGGUGGAGGGACUGGUUCUUCAGUAUCUUUACCAGGAAGGGGUCUUGACAGAAAACCAUGUUCAAGAAAUCAAAGCUCAAACUACAGGCCUCCGGAAAACAAUGCUGCUGCUGGAUAUCCUACCUUCCAGAGGUCCUAAAGCAUUUGACGCAUUUCUAGAUUCCCUGCAGGAAUUUCCCUGGGUAAGGGAGAAGCUGGAGAAGGCGAGAGAAGAAGCUGUAACUGAGCUGCCUGCAGAUGACCGGACAGCUGGAAUCCCCCCACACAUCCUCAACAGCUCCCCCUCCGACCAGCAGAUUAACCAGCUGGCCCAGAGGCUGGGCCCUGAGUGGGAGCCCAUGGUGCUGUCUCUGGGACUGUCCCAGAAUGACAUCUACCGCUGUAAGGCCAACCACCCCCACAACGUGCAGUCGCAGAUGGUGGAGGCCUUCGUCCGCUGGAGGCAGCGCUUUGGGAAGCAGGCCACCUUCCAGAGCUUGCAGAGGGGCCUCCAGGCCGUGGAGGUGGACCCCUCAGUCCUCCAGCACAUGUUGGAAUGAUGGUGUCUCCAUCAGCCCGCUGGGGAGUGUGCCCCCAAGGCACAUGUGCCCAGGGCAGGUAGUUUGUUUUUCUGUUUUUUCCGUGUGUGUGUGUGUGUGUGUGUGUGUGUGUGUGUGUGUGUUCUUUUUAAUUGAUUCUUAGAUGAAAGAAGAAAACAGGAUUUCUACUUGACAUUACCCGAAGGGCCAGAUUACUCAGAUCUCCCACACUGGCUUUACAAUUCAUUGUUUUCAAUUGCUCUAAAAUUGCAUUAUUUUAAUUGUUUGGGUUUUAAUUGUGUGGUUGCCUUUUAAUAGACUGGUAAACCAGAGUGGCUCAAAAAUUAUACUGUGUGCCCUGGCUGGUAUGGCUCAGUGGAUUGCACACCACCAGCCUGAGAGCCAAAGAGUCGCCAGUUCAAUUCCCAGUCAGGGCGUGUGUCUAAGUAGUGAGCCAGGUCCCCAGUGGUGUGCAAGAGGCAACUGCACAUUGAUGUUUUUCUCCCUCCCUUUCUCCUUUCCCUUUCACCUCUCUCUGAAAAAUAAAUAAAUAAAAUCUUGAAAAAAUUUUUAAAAAAACUACCGUGUUAUCACAUUACAUGCAAGUGUCUUAUACAUAAAAUAUCGGCUUUUAUGUUGCCUGGGAAUGGAACUAUCGACUUUGCUAUUAAUAAUGAUGAUAAUAAAAAGGAAAUUACUAUAUGUAAUGUGGCGCAUUUGUGAGAAAGUGUCAUUUUUAUUCCCUCAUUCUUGAAUCGUAUAUACUAAGAGUGUAAAUUUACAGUAGUCUGUUUUGGAACAGAAUCAUUAGUAACAAGAAAAUAGUUACUUUCUUUAAUCAAGAUAAGUAGCUCGGGCAGGGUGUCUGCAUUAAAUUUAAGACACUGAAGCUCCCUGCAAAGACCAGUUCAAGUACCAGCAUGUAUGCCUGAG